AUGAACUUCCUCCCCAGGGACGAGCCUGUGAGUACCGGCUCUGCGACCACCUCCGGCUCCGCCAGUGUUGGAAAUAUCCGGGCUGGGCCCGACAUGAAGUUCGUGAAUCCGGAGAAAGAGGUCAAUUGGGGGAUAUGGACACUCUUCGUUGGCGCCACAGCAUUCCUGACGCUUCGGAUAUGGAGCAAGAUACAUCGCCGCCAUGGGCUGUGGUGGGAUGAUCACGUACUGGUGGCCUCUUGGAUCGUGCUCCUGGUGACCAACAUCUUCAUAACUAUCGAGCUCGCCACGGGCUAUGUUUCCUCAACUUGGGACGAUCGCAUGCUCAUCCUCGUUUCGAUAUCGUCAUGCCUCAUCACCGUCGGCCAGACCCUAUCAAAAACAGCAUUCGCCGUGACUCUGUUGAGAAUCACCGAGUCGUGGCAGAGAUGGACAUUAUGGUUCAUCAUCGUGACACUGAACCUUUACCUCGUCAUCCUGCUCUUCCUCAACUGGGUCAACUAUUGUGGACAGAAGGCGUAUUGGUGGAAAAUGCCAACCGUGUGCGCCCCGUACGAAACGAUCUUCCAGAUCAAAAUCGGGCAAAAUGUGUACAACAUCAUCAUAGACUUUGUCCUAUCUCUCUUCCCAUGGCUGGUCACAUGGAAGCUGAGGAUCGAGAGAUACGAGAAGGUCGGCCUCUGCGUGGCCAUGAGCUUGGGCACAAUAAUUGCCAUUUUCACAAGCGUGCGUACGUGGUACAUGCUGGACCCGAAUCUCAACACGUAUGACUCGUGGUAUGUCUGGAGACAAGGACAUACAGAAAUCUGGUAUCAGGCCGAAGUGGCGGGCACCAUCAUCGUGCAGACGCUGCCGGUGAUUCGCCUCCUUGUCCAGGACCUGCAGAUCUCGCUCAUGUCGACGAAGCUGAACGAGACGGCUCCCCAGAUCGCCACCGUGGGCACGGGCACAAACAAAACCGCGAGGAACAGCCGGGCGUGGGCGGCCGCCAACAACCCGCACUCGCUGUCGGACGUGAGUGUGAGCGACGCCGGGAGCAGGAGGAGCAGCACCGCAUCGGCGCACGACAACGACGGGGGCGAGGCGGGCCUGGGGGUCAGGACGGUGGAGCACUUCGAGCUGAAGGAUCUCGAAAAGUUGAGCACCGAGGAAGCCUCGGCACAGAGGGAGUCGAGGUCCACCUUCAGCAACGGCGACGAGCGCGUGGUGCAGAUCGGUUCAGCCCUCUGA